GUGAAGGUGCUAAAGGAAAAGAUAGAGGCGGAGAAGGGGCGGGACGCUUUCCCCGUGGCCGGACAGAAGCUCAUUUAUGCCGGCAAGAUCCUGAGCGACGACGUGCCCAUCAGGGACUACCGCAUCGACGAGAAGAACUUCGUGGUCGUCAUGGUGACCAAGGCCAAAGCUGGCCAGGGUGCCGCAGCACCCCCCGAGGCCUCACCCACUGCUGCUCCGGAGUCCUCCGCAUCCUUCCCGCCGGCCCCCGCCUCAGGCAUGUCCCACCCCCCACCUGCUGCCAGAGAGGACAAGAGCCCCUCGGAGGAGUCAGCCCCGACGACGUCCCCGGAGUCCGUGUCCGGCUCUGUUCCCUCUUCAGGUAGCAGCGGGCGAGAGGAAGACGCGGCCUCCACGCUAGUGACCGGCUCUGAGUACGAGACGAUGCUGACCGAGAUCAUGUCCAUGGGCUACGAGCGGGAGCGGGUGGUGGCCGCCCUGAGAGCCAGCUACAACAACCCCCACCGGGCCGUGGAGUACCUGCUCACGGGAAUCCCCGGGAGCCCUGAGCCAGAGCAUGGUUCUGUACAGGAGAGCCAGGUGUCCGAGCAGCCGGCCACGGAAGCAGGAGACAACCCCCUGGAGUUCCUGCGGGACCAGCCGCAAUUCCAGAACAUGCGGCAGGUGAUCCAGCAGAACCCGGCGCUGCUGCCUGCCCUGCUCCAGCAGCUGGGCCAGGAGAACCCUCAGCUUCUGCAGCAAAUCAGCCGGCACCAGGAGCAGUUCAUCCAGAUGCUGAACGAGCCCCCCGGGGAGCUGGCGGACAUCUCCGACGUGGACGUGGAGGGGGAGGUGGGCGCCAUAGGCGAGGAGGCCCCCCAGAUGAACUACAUCCAGGUGACGCCGCAGGAGAAGGAAGCUAUAGAGAGGCUGAAGGCCCUGGGCUUCCCAGAGAGCCUGGUGAUCCAAGCCUACUUCGCGUGUGAGAAAAACGAGAACUUGGCGGCCAACUUCCUCCUGAGUCAGAACUUUGACGACGAGUGAGGCGGGGAGGCCAGGCCGCCCACCGCCC